AUGUCAGGAAUAGAUACCGAACUGGUUCUACCCAUUUCAGAGAUCUCUGAGAUUCUCCAAAAACGGCCUGGACUUGUCAGCAUUGACGGAAUCAAACGGCUCUCCAAUCUGUACGGAUUCGAGACGUUUGCAGAUGCUAUCAGCGGCACAGUCCCUCCGGUUGAACGGCUAUCGCUCUCUGGCAAGAUUGUGCUGAUUGAUAUUGAUUUCCAGGCAGGUGUUGUAUCGAGUGUUUCGAUUUCGAGUGCAGUUGCAAUUGCGCCUCUGGGUUCUGCACAACUGGACUUUCUCAACCCUGCUACAAGUCCCAAUAUCGAACACAUUCUUCUGGAAAAUCUGCGAUGUGAAAGAUUGGAUUCUUUUAACCGUAAUCUUCGCACUUUGGCGCAAUUGGACCGAUUGUCUGAGCCGAGUCCGCUUGAUUUAUUCAACUUCCUCCACAAGUUGGCCUAUAAUCUGGAUUGUGUGGCCCAAUACCAGUUGAAAGUCGCCUGCGAAGUUUCUGCUGAUAAACUUAAGGAUCUGAAAGAUGGAUAUGCAGGUAUCGGUAAGAUUGAGAUCAACCGUGACGGAAAAGUGGGAGUAUUCUUAAAGUACUGGGAAAACACUAGGAGGAUUAGGCGAUGGAUUGAAGCCCGAGACAGAUCUCGCUACAAUCCUGGUCAGUUUCAUAUUCAUUUCAAGUUUAUGGAAAAAAUGGAACUGGAAACGAGGGCGGAACCCAAUGCGGAAUCGGCUUCAGAAGUCGCUGUCGCAUCGGAAGACGCCCCAUUGGUCGACGAAAAGUUCCCAGAUGUGUGGUUCGAGAAUGGCAAGUGGUUGCUGACACCUGGACACGUCUCCCGAAUGGCUACACUUGUUCUUGAACUGCUUCCAUGUGUAUGGGUGCCUGAAGGGCUCGUUGCCAAGUGGGGAACCAGGUGUGAGUUCAUAGCCAGCGACAACAGCAACGACUACAACGGCCGGAUUCUUGACCCUAGUCCUAUUGACAGAAUGAUAGGUGAGCUUAAUUCCGGAUUAUAUACCCAAUACUCACUGAAUAGCCGAAGGCUCAGGAUCUCGGCGAUUGUGGGUUCGCGAUUCGUCAAGCUCCACAAGGUGAUGCUGUCGGAUGUGACGCAACUGCAGCAAAUAGUUGAUGAUCUGCGAAGCUACUGUGUCUUGACCAAUUUACUCAAUCGAUUACUCGACGAAGUUACAGAGUACGAAGAGCAAGCUGUGCCUCAAAUACGGUUAUCUGACCUUGCCGAGGGCAGGGUGAAUGGACCCACUGCGGCUGUAGGGUCCUCUCUGGUAAUCUCCAAUGACAAUACCGGUAUCAAAUUGCUGGCAAACGGGACAUCAGUAACGAUACGCGCAGGUCGUCUUGAAGGUGACUCCUAUCUAGCCGUUUCUGAGGAUUUGGUUUUGAGUCGUGUGCUGUGA